CUUGUACUUCUUAACCCACUUGCGCUGCUUUCAACGUGAUGAAGAAGAUGAACAACGAUCCCCCUCAAUCUUCUUGGAUUUUGUUCUUCACGAUGUAGAAUUUAGCACAAAAAGUACAACAAGAGGCAAAUAGGAAAAGGGAAGACGCGUUAUUGAGCCGCCUGCACCGGCGGCAGCAGAACGCUGAGGGUCCGGCAGCAAAAGAUGCGUCUUACUUUUCGUCUAACUGCGCUCCUCCCGGCGGGCGGCUGCUUUAAACAUUCCGGACUCGUCUCCGCGAAUAUUGUAACGCCGCCCACCGCCGGCGCCGGCGCGUCCAAGGACGACGAGUUUUCCGAGCCUUCGGACGGGGAGGGGGGUGCAGUCCAAAAUACCGCUUCACCGCACGCAUUCCACCUUGUGAGCAAUGGAGACCAGAAGGCGGAAGUCGUGAAUGUCAACGAGCGCGAUGCAGGUGCAGAGUCGUCGUCGAAGGUAAAUGAAUAUACUUAUGUAGCCAGAAUCUGAAAGAUUGAAAUUGAUUUUCUUUUUCUGUUGUGGAAAUUUUCUUCGCCCACAGUACAAAUCGCAUGUUGAAGAAUAAGAUCUAGAUUUUCUCCUGAGCUUGACAGUGGGGAAAGCGAAAGCGAUUUAUGUUUUCGUAUUUAAGUAUUUGUUAUUGGAAGCGUAAGCGAACUUUCGGAGCAAAGAAAUAGAGAAUCAGGAUGAGCAGCAGUAUGUACUAGGCCAUUUUCUAUCUUAAUGCCUCCCUAACCCUGUUGAGGAAGAAGAUUGUCGCUGUGCCACGCGUCGAUAUCUUCUAUGCUAGCUGGCUCCGUUUUGGUACCGCUCCUGGUGAACCGUUCCGCGACAAAGCGCAUCGUCUUACUACGCGUAUGAAGUAAGUACGUAGUACUUCUACCGAACUAACCUGCAGGUAGCGAGCAAUGUCACCGAUUUUCUACCCGCCUCCUUCAUGUCCAAAGCCACCACUCCUGCAUGGUCCGCGAUCCAGUCACUGUUUUCCACACUGCAUGCGGCGAAAGAGAAUGAGAGUGAUGCGCAGGAAGUUUCCGAUGCAGCCGACCGGCAGAAGGCCAAAGCGCAGAAAGUGGUGCAGCGGUCCCGCAAAGAGGCAGAGUCCGCUGCGAAGAAGUUGGAGAAAGAGCACAACGUUUCCAAGUACGAAAUGAGCAUGGCCUUAACGGUGGCAAACUUCGUCGGCACGACGGUGGCGGAUGCGAUUGGGGCUGGUUGCAGCUCUGGCAUCUUUCAAGCUUUCUCGGCGAACGACACGGACCGCGACACGUUUCUCAGUGAGACGGAGAUGGGUUCGUGCUGGUGCCCAUGUGCGGAUCGCAACACGGACAAGAAACUGAGUCUCGCGGAGGCGCUGCGGGGCUUUUGUUUUUCGCAGAAUGGCGGCACGAGCUUCCUGGAGCUAGGUGCCUACUGGGGACCAGGACCGAUGACCCCCGCCGGAGAUCCGGUAAUACUAGAGAACGGCUCGCGUGCCGCAUCAGAGGAAGAAUUACGGCGGCAAGAAGGGGGUCGUGCUGCAGGAUGGUUCUACCCGGAGGACAGCGACAUUAAGCCGGGAGGGAAGCCGGAGAGGACAACCCGUCUCCUGCGGUAGGAGUGUGAAUCACCUCCCCACCCCUUUGAAUCACCUCCCCACGCAUCACCCCCCCACCCGGAUCACCUACCCACCUCCCCCGCAUACCGCGAUCGGAGCCCUUGCCGGCAUCUGCAAAAACCUGCCACCGCACCACAACCACCAUGCAACACCAACAACCCGGCCGCUCGGCCUGCGCACUGGUACCAACGCCGGGCACACUCCCGGCCUACGUCAACCAGAACCCAGUCGCGCUACAAAUACAACAGCAGCGCCAGAAGGGCGACACCGCGCUCACACGCAACUUCACCCCCAUCGAGAUCAAGUGCAGCACCAUGGCCGUGCAGGAAAGCGCCCUCACGUGCCACGCCCGCCUCUCCGAGGCCUUGAGACGAUUCGCGAAGGAGAAGUGGCCUACCUACCCCGACGCGUGGCCGGUCAAUGUUAAGCAUGUGGAGAUGUUCUGCAUGGGCAAAGUCCUCGAACAAGGGCACCAAACAGCAGACGUACUCUUCAUCCAACUGAUCGAACACCUCGCAAGCCCACCGCUGCGCCCAGACGGCACCCAACCCGUGCUGCUGCACCAAGCCGAAGCGUUCAUCCCGCUGGCCUACGAGAAGGCCCGCGAACGACUCAAGAUAGCAUACUCCACAGAGAAGUGCCCCGUCGCAAAGGCCUACCCGCUCACGCUGGCGCGCAUGUACCAAAUCCCAAUGCCCGAGCGAGCGGCCCUCAACCUCUGGCACCUCCUCGGGUGCCGUAGACGAGCCAUCGACAGCAUCCUCCCCAAGGACGUCGAAGUGUUCGCAGACCGCGUCUCCGUAUUCAUCCUGGCCGACAAGGUGGCAGCCACAGCCGCACGCACAGUACACAUCGGGCACAACUGCCUUGAAGCGCCCGACUUGUGUCUCCUCUGCGACCCAGGCACGAAGCAAGCAGUCCAAACCCUCUGCACGCAGGCCGGCGCGCAAUGGCUGCCGCAGCUCGCGUCGUACGGGGGUGACGAAACCGAACACAGCGUCCGACGAGGACAUGCCUUGGAAGCACGCCGACGCAUCCAAGCCGGCAAACGCACUGACAUCAGCCUGCUCCUCCGCGACCGCGGAUGGAUGGCCGCAUCUAGGUUCGCGGACUACGCCUGCGACCUGCUGGACUUCCAGCACAUCACCCUGCCGCCCAUCGACGCCGUCUGGUACCCGGAACCGAACGACGAGAACACCAGCCGCCACGUCAAGUUCAAGGACAUCAACAAGGUCACGAAAGCCACACGGGACGACGGCACGAAAGCACGGGCCCAACAACUGGCCAACGCCAGCAAGGCCCCGCCCAGUUCCUCGCGGAGCGCGCAGCGUGCAACGACAUCAAACAACUCGCAAACCACUCCGCCUCGACGGCCGCAGGGAGUGGCAGCAAAGCCCCUCUGCACGUGAGCAGGCACACCAACCUAGCACGGGGAAGCCGCGCGAUCAGGGGCGUCAUCGUCCAGGGCACGAAGGGCGCCUACCAAGUCCAGCCGAAAGACUCCACAAAAACAUGGGAACAGCUCGCCCACGCGACGCAACAAAAAUACAUCUAUGACCCCCAUAACGCGCCCCCGCAGCACAAGGAACGCGCCCUAGCGGAACGCAAAAUCCAAGGCUGCGGCACCAAAGACAACCAGAGACCACGCACCACGUGGAAACCGUGGCACGAGGUCCCACCGGCGGAGCAGAAGAAACUCUGGCAGGGCGCGGGAAGCUCCGCCCAGCCCCUCCAGAAGAUAGCCUUCUACCUCCACCACAUAAACGUACGUCGCCCGCAUGGGGGGCGGCGCUGAUAGCAUCUACUUCCUCCCCGAGAAUGGAGAAACGCACAAACUGCGGCUCGCGUCCCGGGAUGAAAAAUAAGCGCUGCUCGCGGAAUACGCAGCAGCCGCGAACCAACCGAACGCCCCACCGGCGCCAGAGGCGUCCCAAUAACGACUGGGGGAAGGAGAGGAGCAGCAAUGGGACGUCCGACACGAGUGGGGAAAAGAUGAGGCUGGCUCACAGCCGGCGGGUCGUACCAGAAGGGAAAAGUGACAACAUGCAAAUGUGAACAAUGUAUCCGCUCGAUGUGCAAACACAGUCCUCACGUACACAAGUCACAAACCCGCUGGGCGAAAACUCCGCGCGCUACGCACCGCUGUGCAAACUAGUGCUCAGAAUCGGAGACCCGCGAGCCCAUGCUCCGCGAUCGGACUUUCCGCCGCGCCCCCUGAAGAAGGUGGACGCGAGUAGAUCAACAAAACUACACACGCACCAACUUAGAAAAUACAAACGUAGAUCUAGAGCAAAUCAAGAUCACGCCGAACAUGCACAGACCUGGUCAGUGCUCACGAUGAUGGAUAACACAAUCAUCCACAAUCAUAAACACAGGCACGCGCGCAGCAGGAGAGGACAACCCGUCUCCUGCCACGCGAGGUAUAAAGAUCUUUGUAGUGUCGUGCUGCCACGUAAUGUGAGCAAAGUAGUAAUGUGAAAAAAGCCGUAGUGUAGACAGGUGCAGUAGUUGCGCUCUUUUGUGAACGGACGUGCCACACGCACUUCCCGCUUUUUUCGCCCCGUAGCCAACCCAUGGCCUCAAAAGAGCUCGACCAGCUCACGGCGGCGCAGGCCGCCGCGGCAGAACCCCCCACCACCAACCAGCUGCGGUGGGCGGCGUGGGAAAUGCUGUUCGUAGUCAAAGACUACAUACGAGCGGCAAGAAUGGCCAGUAGCAUCACAGUGCCCGACGACACUAUCCGCAAUAUCAAACAGAUGAAGCCAACAAAGAGCAGUGGAGAAAACGCAUCCGGGAAGCCACCGCAUACGUCAAAAACGUAGGCAAAUCCACGCAACAGGAGAGCGAGAAACCCCUCGCAGCACUACCGGACCACGUCCGCACCGCACUUAGCUGGGGCGACCGCAAACGCAACCUCGUCGCCCUGCGCAGGCUCAUCAGCUGGGCCGGACACCGAGACACCAAACUCCCCAACAUCCUCGCCCGGGGGGUCCUCACGAUCGGAAACGCAGACCCCACCGAGGGAGUGUGGGACCUCGACCCCACGGUCACAGCCAUCGACCCACAAGAAGUCCAGGACUUCCUAGACGCGGAACGGGUCAUACUCGACCUCGACCAGGAAGCCCCCGUGUCCAGCACCUUCCCCGCGGAUGUACUGCGCAAGCUGCUGGAAGGCUGCACCGACAUGGUGAAGAAAGGACUACGCAAGCCCAUCGCUCGGAAGGGCCUCAAAAUCCGACCCAGCCCCGCCUUCCCAAAAGUCGAGCUGGAGAAGAUCCGCCAAGUCAUCGACUCGCGGCACCAAAACCAAUACAGCCGCCUCGUCGAAAAAGUCCAAAUCAAGGGCACGCGCACAGUGCAGGAAAUCAUUAGCAUCUUCAUGCGACCGAUCGGCCACGAAGACGCGUACACCCUCCCGAGCUCCGUCUCGGCCAAAGAAACCUGGCGCCAAACCUCGGAGACGCUGGAAAAAGUCGCAGCCCAAAAACCCACAGCCACGCCAAGCAAGCCGGCCGAGCCGCCCAGCGUGGCCUCGCGGGCCGACGUCAUCGCCGAGGUCCAGCACUGGAACACAGCCCUCAAAAAACACAAGGGCGGAGGAGUCAUCCCAGAGAUGGGCACUAAAGACUUCGAGAAGUACUACUACGCCUUCGCAUGCCGCGACCCGAAGCUCAACGGCAUCGCGUUCUACGACCCCGACAUGCGGGUAUGGCAACGCGUGGAAUCGUACGUACUGAACAUGGGCAACACCCACUCCGUGCCCGGAGGUAUAUCCGCUUCCACCCUCGCCGCCUCCCCGGGCGGGAUACAAGUACGGGCAUGCGCGCACAACGCAAACCAAACUGACCAAAACCUAACAAAACUCCCCCCAUAAACAUCACAGCACGCCGCGUCUCUGAGGCCAUCCGCAGCAUCCACCAAGCGGGCGGGGGCGUCUCCAGCCUUUACAUAGACGACGCCAUGCUGUUCGGGGUUGACCCGCAAACUUACCACCUGUGCCGAGACUUCUACAUCGCCAUCGUAGAAGCCCUCGGCAUCCCCCUCAGCAAAAAGGCGGCCGGGAACCAAGGCUCCUGCGACGCGGCCGGACCAUACCGCCGCAACUCCGUCCGUGCCCUCGGCAUCCGCUAUGUGUGGAUACGGGACGAAAAGGGCGACCCCACCGCACUCUACGCGGUGGCACCGGCCGACAAAGUGCAAGUAGCGAAGGAGGACUGUGGCAAGAUCCUCACAGCCCACGACUCCAAGCAGCCCCUCCUCAUCAAGGACAUCCAGAAGCUACUCGGCAUGUCCCAGUACGUAAUCUGCCACGCAAGCAGAUCCGGCGCGGAAUUCGUGCGACACCUCUACCCGUGGGCAGCAGACGAGUACUUCAACACGAACAUCCGCAGCCGCCAAAUGCGGAACGCACUCGCCACCGCAGUGCGCGCGCUCCGUGGUCUUAUCGACCACCUCCCACCACUGGAGCUCGCACACCACGACCACCGGGUCAACUUCCUCUACCUCGACGCUAGCGGCCGGCGCUCACCGGACGCAACAAACGCCGCUGACCGCGGGCCCGCCGCCCCGCCGAGGAUGGGGGGGGUCAUCGUCACGCACACGGGCAAGGUCAAAGCCUUUACCUUCCCGCUACCGGACGCCCACGAGGCGGCCAGCUACGACAUCAUGACUCUGGAGACAGCCACAGUCAGAGUCGCGCAGCGCCUCUACGCAGCCGACCUCGCAAACGCCAUGGCGAUGGUCUCCGUCGACAACACCGUCGAGCUCUUCGCGCUCAUCAAACUGAGCUCCCGCCAAGGACGCGUCUGCAACGCGGCGAACCGGGUAGCCAUAGCCAACAGGCAAAACAACGCCCGCUGCUGGUACCGCUAUACCAACACAGCGCGCAACCCGGCCGACGCCUUCAGCCGCAAGGACCUCCUGCAAGAGGCCCUCAACUUCUGGCGCCCCGACGAGCUCGCCCAAAUUAAGUCUAUGCCGGACGUAGCGGAUUAUGUGGUCGCGGAGUGCAAGCCCCUCCCGCCGGACGACAUCUUCCGCGACACCAGCAAGCUCCCUUUCAAACCCGACAGAGACUCUACGGCCCAGGCCGCGCGACACCGCGCCUGGAAGGAGCGCCACCCUGCUCUCACGGGGACGAUCAUCCUCGCACUCUCUGAUCGGGACCUCUGGCUGCUCACCAUGCAGACCACUGAGGAAGAACACGCCGCCUCCGGCGCUGACAGGGCUAACUCGCGUCCCCCGGACGCCUCGCGCGCAAAACGCCCCCGCGAGCAUGAGGCUGGCUCACAGCCGGCGGGUCGUACCAGAAGGGAAAAGUGAAAACAUGCAAAUGUGAACAAUGUAUGCGCUCGAUGUGCAAACACAGUCCUCACGUACACAAGUCACAAACCCGCUGGGCAAAAACUCCGCGCGCUACGCACCGCUGUGCAAACUAGUGCUCAGAAUCGGAGACCCGCGAGCCCAUGCUCCGCGAUCGGACUUUCCGCCCCCUGAAGAAGGUGGACGCGAGUAGAUCAACAAAACUACACACGCACCAACUUAGAAAAUACAAACGUAGAUCUAGAGCAAAUCAAGAUCACGCCGAACAUGCACAGACCUGGUCAGUGCUCACGAUGAUGGAUAACACAAUCAUCCACAAUCAUAAACACAGGUACGCGCGCAGCAGGAGAGGAAGCAGGAGGUGA